AUGCGACUGUUAUCAGCUUGUCUGGCUACCCUCUUAGCUGUCUCGGCGAAAAGCAAAUACAUUGUACCCGGAGGCAGAUGGCGCGACACAGAUGGGAACUUCAUUAAUGCACAUGGUGCCGGUAUCACCUUCGACCAGAGGUCCGGGCGCUUCUGGUGGUUUGGCGAAUAUAAGACCGAAGAAGAGCCAGAAGGCGGAGGCGUCUCUGUUUAUAGCUCAGAGGAUCUGAGUACCUGGAAAUUCGGGGGACUGGCCCUAGCUCCAAUCAAGGGACACCCAUAUAUCGCCCCUGGCGGCGUGAUUCAACGGCCGAAAGUGGCCUACAGCCCCGAUACUGAUGAUUAUCAUAUGUGGUGGCAUGCAGACAACUCCACCUACGGGCUCCUUCUCCAAGGCCACGCGGUGUCCUCCGCGAUCGGCGGGCCGUACACUUUCGUUGACGCAAUAGCCCCGCUUGGAAACUGGUCCCAGGAUUUUGGAUUGUUUACCGACUACAAGGACGGUCGAUCUUACGCUCUCUACUCGAAUGGAGAUAGUAAAGAUGGACGAGAUGUGUACCUAUCAAGUAUGAACAAUAAUCUCACGGCACUCGAAAAGGUCGUUUAUCGAUUCCCAAAAUUUGAUCUUGAGGCACCUACUAUCAUGCAGACAGAGAAGAGCUACUGGGCACUUAUGAGCCAUAAGACGGGAUAUAGGCCAAACAACGUGGUUGCAUUUCGAGCCGACUCACUGAGCGGUCCUUGGUCACAGCCCUUUAUUGUGGCGCCAUUAAAUACGCGAACUUUUAACUCGCAGUCUGGAUACACGCUCAGGAUUGAGGGGAAAAAAAAGACAACAUACCUAUAUAUUGGAGAUCAAUGGGACUCCAAUUCUGUCUGGGAUAGUCGUUAUAUAUGGUUACCAAUUCAGACUGAUGAGUCUAAGAAGACUCUAGAGUUAGAGUGGCACGAUGUUUAUGAUCUUGACGUGAAAAAUGGGGACUGGAAACCUAUCAAGGGAAAACCAUACACCGCAAAAAAGGCAAAGACGAACGGUGAUGCAUAUAAGCAGGAGGCUAACUUUGCAACCGACGGUGUUAUUCUCACUGGAAUAUACGGAAAUGACAGCACAGUUACGUUCGAAAAUAUUGAGGGAUCUGGAAAACCCCAAUGGGUGUCAUUCUACUAUCAAAAUAUUGAUGAUUUGGGUUUUGGCGACCAACCUGGCGGUACCCCGGACAGGAUUGGCGGCGCAUGGCAGCUGCGUCGGAUUAGCAGCGUGGUGGUCAACGGAGACCCUUUGAGCUUACAAACUCUAUACCAACGAGAUACACACAAAGGUGUUAUUCUCUCCACUCCGCUGCAGUUGACACUAAACAAGGGGAACAAGAACACCAUUACGGUCGGGGGACUAUAUAAUGGGUUUGACUACAAGGGUGCUGAUUUGGAUCGGAUAGUUGUGUAUCCUACGGAGAGGUAG